UCGCACUCUCAGCGUAGUCCGUGAUAUCUUCGCUGAUCUCCUCUCCUUUUUUUUCCUCUCUCUCUCUCUCUCUCUAGAUUCUGUUCUAUUUUCUUUCAAUUUUUCUUUCGUCAUCGUCGAUUGAGAAAUCUAGGGUUAGGGUUUCUUAGGGUUUGAUCGGAGUCGAGAGUCGGCCACAGCGGCGGCGGAGACGAGAUGGCCGGCGGGAUCAGCCUUGAGGAGAUCAAGAAUGAGAACGUCGAUCUGGAGAGGAUUCCGAUUGAGGAAGUGUUUGAGCAGUUGAAAUGUACGAGGGAAGGUCUGUCAUCCGACGAAGGCGCCAACAGGCUCCAGAUCUUCGGACCCAACAAGCUCGAGGAGAAAAAGGAAAGCAAAUUCCUCAAAUUUCUGGGGUUUAUGUGGAAUCCCCUGUCUUGGGUGAUGGAGAUGGCUGCUAUUAUGGCCAUCGCCUUGGCCAACGGUGGCGGGAAGCCCCCGGACUGGCAAGAUUUCGUUGGUAUUGUUGUGUUGCUCGUGAUCAACUCAACUAUCAGUUUCAUUGAAGAAAACAACGCUGGUAACGCUGCAGCUGCUCUGAUGGCUGGUCUUGCCCCCAAAACCAAGGUGCUCAGAGAUGGCCGCUGGAGUGAGCAAGAUGCAUCGAUCCUGGUGCCCGGAGAUCUCAUCAGUAUCAAGUUGGGAGAUAUUGUCCCUGCUGAUGCCCGUCUUCUUGAGGGUGAUCCCUUGAAGAUCGAUCAGUCUGCUCUCACUGGUGAAUCCCUUCCUGUCACCAAGAAUCCUGGCGAUGAGGUUUUCUCUGGUUCGACCUGUAAACAGGGAGAGAUUGAGGCUGUUGUCAUUGCCACCGGAGUGCACACCUUCUUUGGAAAGGCUGCUCACUUAGUGGACAGCACUAACCAAGUUGGUCAUUUCCAGAAGGUCCUCACAGCCAUUGGUAACUUCUGUAUCUGCUCCAUUGCCAUUGGUAUGGUUGUGGAGAUCGUUGUCAUGUACCCAAUUCAGAAAAGGCACUACAGGGAUGGGAUUGAUAACCUCUUGGUCCUCUUGAUCGGAGGAAUACCAAUUGCAAUGCCCACCGUCUUAUCAGUGACAAUGGCUAUUGGGUCUCACAGGCUAUCAGAGCAAGGUGCUAUCACCAAGCGGAUGACUGCCAUAGAGGAGAUGGCCGGUAUGGACGUGCUUUGCAGUGAUAAGACCGGAACCUUGACGCUUAACAAGCUGAGUGUGGAUAAGAACUUGAUUGAGGUGUUUGCCAAAGGUGUCGAUAAAGAACAUGUUAUCUUAUUGGCUGCUAGAGCAUCAAGAACAGAGAACCAGGAUGCUAUUGAUGCAGCGAUGGUUGGGAUGCUUGCUGAUCCCAAAGAGGCUAGAGCUGGUAUCAGGGAAGUACAUUUUCUUCCCUUCAACCCAGUUGACAAACGUACUGCUUUAACCUACAUAGACUCUGAUGGAAACUGGCAUCGUGCCAGUAAGGGUGCCCCAGAGCAGAUUGUGGCCCUCUGCAACUGCAAGGAAGAUGUUAAAAACAAGGUCCACUCUGUUAUUGAGAAGUUUGCUGAACGUGGGCUUCGAUCAUUGGCUGUGGCAAGACAGGAAGUGCCUGAGAAGAACAAAGAUAGCCCUGGGGGACCAUGGCAAUUUGUCGGUCUGUUGCCACUGUUUGAUCCCCCAAGGCACGACAGUGCAGAAACCAUUCGCAGGGCUUUAAAUCUUGGUGUGAAUGUCAAGAUGAUUACUGGUGAUCAGCUUGCUAUUGGCAAGGAGACUGGCCGAAGGCUCGGAAUGGGAACAAACAUGUAUCCAUCUUCUGCAUUGCUUGGGCAAGACAAAGAUGCUUCAAUAGCUGCUCUUCCUGUUGAUGAACUGAUUGAGAAGGCGGACGGGUUUGCUGGAGUUUUCCCAGAGCACAAAUAUGAAAUUGUGAAGAGAUUGCAAGAGAAGAAGCACAUAUGUGGAAUGACUGGAGAUGGUGUCAAUGAUGCCCCAGCCUUAAAGAAGGCUGACAUUGGAAUUGCAGUCGCUGAUGCAACAGAUGCUGCUAGAGGUGCUUCUGAUAUUGUCCUCACCGAGCCUGGGCUUAGUGUCAUCAUCAGUGCUGUUCUUACCAGCAGAGCCAUUUUCCAGAGGAUGAAGAAUUACACAAUCUAUGCUGUCUCCAUUACCAUUCGUAUUGUUCUUGGUUUUAUGCUUAUUGCGCUGAUCUGGAAAUUUGAUUUCUCACCAUUCAUGGUUCUAAUUAUUGCCAUCCUCAAUGAUGGUACUAUCAUGACAAUUUCAAAGGACAGAGUGAAGCCAUCGCCAAUGCCCGACAGUUGGAAGUUGAAAGAGAUUUUUGCUACUGGCGUUGUGUUUGGAAGUUACCUGGCAUUGAUGAGUGUCGUCUUCUUCUGGUUAAUGAAGGAUACUGACUUCUUCUCUGAUAGAUUUGGUGUGCGAUCUAUUAGGCAUAGCGAGGAUGAAAUGAUGGCCGCUUUAUACCUCCAAGUCAGUAUUGUGAGCCAGGCCCUCAUCUUUGUCACUCGAUCUCGUGGCUGGUUCUUUGUCGAGCGACCUGGACUUUUGUUGGUCUCCGCUUUUCUCGUUGCUCAGCUGGUUGCGACUUUGAUAGCUGUGUAUGCCGACUGGGGUUUUGCACGUAUCAAGGGUAUUGGCUGGGGAUGGGCUGGAGUUAUCUGGCUAUACAGUGUUGUUUUCUUCUUCCCUCUUGACUGGUUCAAAUUCGCUAUCCGAUACGUCCUAAGUGGAAAGGCAUGGGACAACCUCCUAGAGAACAAGACUGCCUUCACUACCAAGAAGGACUAUGGUAGAGAGGAAAGGGAAGCUCAAUGGGCUAUGGCACAGAGGACUCUUCACGGGCUGCAACCGCCUGAAACCAACAAUCUCUUUUCUGACAAGAACAGCUACAGGGAAUUAUCGGAGAUUGCUGAGCAGGCCAAGAAGCGAGCCGAAGUCGCAAGGCUGCGUGAGCUGCACACUCUUAAGGGUCAUGUGGAAUCAGUGGUGAAGUUGAAGGGGCUUGACAUUGACACCAUCCAGCAGCAUUACACAGUGUAAACAGCUAAGUAUUAAAAGAGUUUAUCCUAUUAAGUGAAACAUGGACAUUGAUGUGGGCUGAAGGGAGCUGCUCAAAAAGGGUGGCAGAAGAGGAAGAAGACUGGUUGUUUUUUCUAGUGUAGUACCGCUCCAUGAAGUAAUCCUCUGUAUUAUUUUUUAGUAUUAUGUUUCUUCGUCCAUGAGAGCUGUGGUAAACAGCCUAUUCAGUUUAACGCUGGCUGCGCGGGAUGUAGAUCGAACAACGCAAACCUAUUCUCCAUAUCAUUUUUCCUUUUCCCCUCUUUUUCCCCUGUUCCUGUUUCACUUCUAAUAUGUAUGCUACAUAAAGUGACCUUUCUAGCAAAGAUCUUUUUUCCUUCGAAAUUGUUUGAAAUCUACUGAAAGGUACAUGGUUUUUGUUGUGCUGUUUAUGAGGAAUCAACAAUCUUUUUCUA